GACGUGCCGCGGCUGCCGCAGUGGCAGGUUGGCGGAGCCGCCGGGCGCCUCUGCUGCGCGCCCGACCGACCGCAGGGGGGAAUUCAGCACCGCGGAGAGCGGCUCGCCCGGGGCGCGGGGCGCCAUGCGGCUGCUGCUGCUGGCCGUGCUGGUUUGGUUCUCGGUGGCCCGCGCGGGCUGCGAGCCCAAGAUCAUCAACAUCGGCGCCGUGCUGAGCACCAAGAAGCACGAGCAGGUCUUCCGCGACGCCAUCAGCCAGGCCAACAAGCGGCACGGCAUCUGGAAGAUCCAGCUGAACGCCACCUCCGUCACCCACAAGCCCAACGCCAUCCAGAUGGCUCUCUCCGUCUGCGAGGACCUCAUCUCCAGCCAGGUUUAUGCCAUCUUAGUGAGCCACCCGCCAGCUCCAAAUGACCACUUGACCCCAACACCGGUGUCUUACACAGCUGGGUUCUAUCGGAUUCCUGUCCUUGGGCUGACCACUCGCAUGUCCAUAUAUUCAGAUAAGAGCAUCCACCUGUCCUUCCUACGAACGGUGCCCCCCUACUCCCACCAGUCCAACGUCUGGUUCGAGAUGAUGCGCUUUUACAAGUGGAACCAUAUCAUCCUCAUUGUCAGCGAUGACCACGAGGGGCGAGCGGCCCAAAAGAAGCUGGAGACCCUCUUGGAAGAGAAGGAAUCCAAGAGUAAAAAAAGGAACUAUGACAGCCUCGAACAACUAUCCUAUGACAGCAAGCGAGGACCCAAGGCUGAGAAGGUGCUUCAGUUUGAACCAGGAACAAAAAACGUGACUUCACUGCUGCUGGAAGCCAAAGAACUGGAAGCUCGGGUGAUUAUCCUCUCCGCAAGCGAGGACGAUGCCACCACCGUGUAUAUGGCAGCAGCCAAAGAAAACAUGACUGGUCCGGGUUACGUAUGGCUGGUGGGAGAAAGGGAGAUCUCGGGCAACGCCUUGCGCAAUGCGCCAGAAGGACUGAUUGGCCUGCAGCUCAUGAACGGGAAGAACGAAUCCGCUCACAUCAGAGACGCCGUAGCCGUGGUGGCCCAGGCUGUGCACGACUUGUUUGAGAAAGAGAACAUCACGGACCCUCCCCGGGGCUGUGUGGGGAACACAAACAUCUGGAAGACGGGGCCCCUCUUCAAAAGGGUGCUGAUGCAGACCAAAUAUGCAGAAGGCGUGACUGGCCGGGUGGAGUUUAACGAAGACGGGGACAGAAAAUAUGCCAACUACAGCGUCAUGAAUCUCCAGAACAACAAACUGGUGCAAGUCGGAGUCUACAACGGGAGCCACUUUCUGCCCAAUGACCGGAAGAUCGUCUGGCCGGGAGGGGAGACAGAAACGCCGCAGGGCUACGAGAUGUCCACGAAACUCAAGAUAGUCACAAUCCACCAGGAGCCGUUUGUCUACGUGAAGCCCACCCUGGCCGACGGGAAGUGCAAGCCGCUGCUCAACAGCACGGGGGGUCUGGUGCAGCAGGUGCUCUGUACGGGGCCCAAUGAGACCUUGCCAGGGCGCCCCAGCGUGAUGUUAUGCUGCUACGGCUUCUGCAUCGAUUUACUCAUCAAGCUGGCGAAGACGAUGAAUUUCACCUACGAAGUUCAUCUAGUGGGUGACGGUAAAUUUGGCACGCAAGAACGGGUGAAUAACAGCAACAAGAAGGAGUGGAACGGGAUGAUGGGGGAGCUGCUCAGUGGCCAGGCUGAUAUGAUCGUGGCACCGCUGACCAUUAACAACGAGCGGGCUCAGUACAUUGAGUUUUCCAAGCCUUUUAAGUACCAAGGACUGACCAUCCUCGUCAAGAAGGAAAUUCCCCGCAGCACCCUGGAUUCAUUCAUGCAACCGUUCCAGAGCACCCUAUGGCUCCUGGUGGGGCUGUCGGUGCACGUGGUGGCUGUGAUGUUAUACCUGCUGGACCGUUUCAGGUGCCCCGAGAAGUUUCUCAGCUCGGAUCCUCGGCAUGGUCUGGGCUGGUUUCGCCAUGAUUAUCGUGGCCUCUUACACUGCCAACCUGGCUGCUUUCCUGGUGUUGGACAGGCCGGAGGAACGAAUCACGGGCAUCAACGAUCCUCGGUUGCGAAACCCUUCGGAUAAGUUCAUCUACGCCACCGUGAAGCAGAGCUCGGUAGACAUUUAUUUCCGGAGGCAGGUGGAGCUAAGCACUAUGUAUCGGCACAUGGAGAAGCACAAUUACGAAAGUGCUGCCGAAGCCAUCCAAGCUGUUCGGGACAACAAGCUCCACGCCUUCAUCUGGGACUCGGCUGUGCUAGAGUUUGAAGCCUCGCAGAAGUGUGACCUGGUGACCACAGGAGAGCUCUUCUUCCGUUCCGGCUUCGGCAUCGGCAUGCGCAAAGACAGUCCAUGGAAGCAGAAUGUCUCCCUGGCCAUCCUGAACCUCCACGAGAACGGCUUCAUGGAAGAGCUUGACAAGACUUGGGUGAGAUAUCAGGAGUGUGAUUCCCGCAGCAAUGCUCCGGCAACACUCACCUUCGAAAACAUGGCAGGUGUAUUCAUGCUGGUGGCUGGAGGUAUUGUGGCCGGGAUAUUUUUAAUAUUCAUAGAAAUAGCAUACAAAAGGCAUAAAGACGCCCGGAGGAAACAGAUGCAACUGGCGUUCGCGGCAGUUAAUGUGUGGCGGAAAAACCUGCAGCAGUACCAACCCACCGACAUCACUGGGCAACUCAAUCUCUCUGACCCCUCGGUCAGCACCGUGGUGUGAGAUCUCAGGACGGACCGAUGGAGACUCCGAGGGCCCUCCUGGAGACACCAAAGGGAAGCCUUUGACAUCCACCCACGGCGCCUGCAUUGCUUCCUUCCCUCCGGCCCCCGAUAGACCCCCUGCUCUCUCCAAGGGUGACCAACCUCCCUUGCGGCCUUGGGAUGAACUACUGGACUCCAGGAGGCCUGGGAGCACCUCCGUUUUUUUUCCCCCUAGAGGGUGGCCUCCAUGUACUUCUCCUCCUGGACACGCGGAGAAGGUAGUUCUGAGAGACACCCCCGGCCGGGAGAGGAUGGACGGCCCAUUCAGCGAAGCCGACCGGGUCUGUUGCCGAGGGGAAGAGACUCGCCGUCAUUCCAUGCAUGCACAAAACCGUUUAAGCCCACCUUACUUCACACAACUGUUCCCAGACUGCAUCAGGGGGCCGUGAAGAGGCCUAGCCCCACGGCUCAUGAUGCCCUUUGUUUAUAUAUAUAUAGCCUUCUGUAAAAAAAAAAAAAGGCCUGUCGGUCCACCACCUCCCACCCAGGGAGCCCCGUGGCCUUUUUUGGGGCUGCUACCAUGAAGGUUCCAGUGUUUCCUCAGGACACCUAAGGUUUUCUCUGAUGUGGGGGGGGGGGAAUCUCCCCGUCUCUCUCUCUAUCUCUCUCUCUCUGUUUUGACUACUUCUUAGCUCAUUUGUGGAGCAGAGUUUUAGUCAACUGCUUCCAUGCCUCCCACCUGGUAAAGCGACAUUUCCGGUAGGACGGGAAGCCCCCAACUUCUCCGCGACUCUUUGCUGGCUGUCGAUCCAAAUCUCCAGCUCUGCUCUUCCUCUGCAGAAAUGCUUCCCAGCCUCUGCCCCGGAUGGACGCCGGCGCUGACCCCCUCGGCUCCUCUCCAGGGCUGGGAUCAGGGGGAGCCUUGGGGUCGUCCCUCUCUUCUCUCGUGGUUUAUGGCUACGUGCUUUGAGAUUUGUAACAAACCUCCUCUGGCAAACAGGCACCUGCCAAGAUCUGCUCGCCUUUUAGACAGAGAGGGUCCCGAUUCUUUCCUCCCCUGGCCUCAGAACAACCCCCCACCCCACAACCAAUUGUCCUGCAGUCCAGCAUGUGCCACUGCCUUCUGGGAAGGAAGCCUGGCCUCCUGGCUCUCCAGCUGAGAGUGAUGCUGGUUCCAGAGCUUCCAUCUCUGACCCCGAUUGACCCUCACCAUGUUUUUCAUUCCCCCACUCAGGAGGACCAAAGUACCAGCCUUACCACGACUCCAGCAACUCUCUGCCCGCUAACCCUGGCCUGUCUUCUAGGAGGGUUAUGAGUUUGACUCAGGCAACCCUAUACAAAUACCCUGAAACUGAAACCUCAAAUCCGUUUUUGCAACCGUGGGUGAAGAAUCUCAAUCCAGGUUAAGACAACCCCGCUUUGCCCAAAGACGACCUGCUCUGCCAAGAAGCAGAGGCGCCCUUAACUUGCUCCCCUCCGUGCCGCAUGGUCAGAGCCCAGGGCAGGCCGUAGGCAGGAGGGGCAGCCACGGAGGCCCGGGCAGCUCUGAGCGAGCGAGGCCAGGCUGUCACUCUGACGCUGCUUCUGGGAAUCAGCAAACCUGAUUCCGCACAGUUCACGUUGCAGAUGCCCAAGAUGGUUAGCAAAGUAGCGCCAACUUAGGGUGCCACUCAAGAACUACCAAAUUUGAGGAGGCACCUCAACCCACGGCCACCACUUGCUCCUUCUCCUGGAUCAUAACCACCACCCCCUCCCCCCCCCAUGUACCCUUCCACCUAGAUCCCAAUUUCCCAAGCUGGCCCAUGUACCCCCCCCC